UCCGCUCCCUUCCUUUCCCUCUCUCUACCCGUUCAAGAAACGAAAAUCCUUCUCUCGCUCUUUCAGUCUUAACCUAAACCAACAACUUUGCACUUUCUUUAGCCGUCGGAGCAGAAGCUGUUAGCCUGAGAAAUGCGACCUCAAGAUCAUCCGUCGCCGUUGCCGGGAAAGAAAUUCGCUCCUUCGCCCAAAGACGCCGACGAGAACUCGUUGAUGUCGCCGCCGACGAUUAAGCAUUUCAUGUCCCCAGCAGCUUCAAAGGUCAAUUUGCGGAAGAGAAUUUUAGGGGAACGAAGUGAAUCUCCAGUCCGCUCCUUCAGAGAUGGCGAUGAGAACUUGAUGAACAAUCAAGAAAAGGGUCGCCCAGAUGCGGUGAAUCUCAAGAAGCCCCAAUUCGUGUCGCCGAUGCUGAAAUCUACCGCUUCAAAGGUCAAUUCUUCAAUUGCCGUUCCUUCUUCUCCAACACUGCUCAACUUGAUGAAGGCCAACGAGGAAAUCGGGGAAGAAACAGACGAUUGGUCGCCAUUUUCUUACGACCCAGUGAGGAAUAAUCUGGUCCCGAGGCCUCAAUUUCUGCGCUACAGGCCAAACCGGCUUGUUUUGUUGGAGCCUUCGGCCAACGAAGAAACCGAUUCAGAGACUGAAGAUGAGGAUUUUGGGAGUGAUGAUGAAGUCGAUGAGGAGAACUCUGAUGACACGGAGAUGGCAGGAAGUUCAAUUUUCAGAAGGGUUCUUCAAUUCCUGCUUGUUCUGGCCGUUUUGGUACUCUCCACUGUUUACAUUACUUCAAUGAAUGACAACCCAGUUGAGAUUGAUGGGAUCCCUAACUUUGCUGCUGUCCACCGUCAUGAUCAAGAGAUUAAGAGCUACCCAGUUGCAUUUGUGUCAAGAUUAGAGGUUAACGAAAGCUGGUUGUCGUUGGUUGAGGAUGGAACACCAUCACAGUUGAAGAUAGUCAAGCCUCAAAUUCCUCUUGAUGAAGGUGACCAAGUGAAGCAGGUGAUGGACAAAGAGAUUGCAGAAGGUGAAGAAGUAGCUCUGGAGGAGGAGGGUCAAGAAGAUGAUGAAGAAGGAGAGUUGCUGUCAUUUCAGCAACCACUUUUUCUUCCACUGCAGCCUGCUGCUGAAGCAGCUACAACGGUUCAAGUAGCACAAAGCUUAAUUGAUGGAACAGAAGGUGAAGAAGUAGCCCUGGAGGAGGAGGGUCAAGAAGAUGAAGAGGAAGAAGAAGGAGAGUUGCUGUCAUUUCAGCAACCACUUUUUCUUCCACUGCAGCCUGCUGCUGAAGCAGCAGCUACCACGGUUCAAGAAGCAGAAAGCUUAAUUGAUGCUUCAAAGGGAAGACUUGCUGAUGAAAUAGUUCACUACAGGGAAAUUCAAGAGCCAUAUGAUGAUGGCGUGCUUAAAAAUGGGAAGCCUCCAAGUCCCCGACUAACAACAACAGAAGUUGUAGAAGAUGAAGAAAAAUACGACUACAUGGAACUGAACAAGAAGCUCACUUAUGACUUCGAUGUUGACAACAGGCCAUUCCAGGGGCCUAUCCUUGCGGUUAUGGCAGUAGCUUCAACCUUGGUAUUGGUCCUACUACUUUGCAGUUUAAAGAGGAAGGGGAAAAAGGCUGCAGCUCGGAAUGACAGCUUGUUGCCAAGUAGUAGUCGUGAUUCACAGCUCCCACCGCCACAUUCUGAGGCCACAUUGCCGCCUCCACAAGAUCCCAUCGAUGAAAUCCCAGAAACAACGUUUGCUCCCUUGAAAUCCAGUGGAGCACCAAGAGUUGAGCUCCUUGGGGAGAUUGAGGGGGGGAUGGGGUCCAGAAGCAUUGGCGGUGGAGGAACUCAGUUGAAGCCAGUGAAGAAAGCAGCACAUGUUCAAACUCAACCAGCUACUUCUGCCUCAAGGAACUCCACCACCAACAAGAGUGACAGGAAAAGCACGAGCCCAAGCAGCUGGAAGAAGGAGGUGACAGUAAUGGGAGGAAAAGGGAAGGCAGCAAACAAUUCAGCUGCUGCUGGCGGGACAACAACAACAACAACACCAACUACUGCUACUCCAUUGAGGAGAUCAAACAGACUUGCCAGCCGUGGUGGGAUUACAUCUCCUUGAUCGGAAAAGGAGAUGAGAGGAAAGCUUGUAACUUGAAACACCUGCCUCGAUUGUUUCAGUGUCUUGAUCAAGUAGCUUGCUUUGGAUUAGUAUUGUUAGUAUUAGCUCUGAAUUAAUCAAAUCCCCCCUGUGUGUUGUAUGCUUUCCUGGGAUGAGAGUAACUGGCUUGCUGUAACUUGCUUCUAGCCAUAAUACUGAAUUCCUGAUUCUUAUAUAAAAGGAAGUCUGUGUGUCAAGACUCAAGAGAAGUGGGAGAUCUGAUGUUUUUGAUUCAUAUGCUUGCUCUUAAAGUUUUCUCCUUAAGACCUCCACAUGAUAAUGGAUCAAGAGGAGGUCUGCUGAGAAAACUACCCUUGAUGUAAUUGUGACUUGUAAAAUGGUGAUUGUGUACUUGGUAGAAAACUACUUGCAAUGAUGCAAUCCGAAC